AUGGCUCCUCUCAGUCUCCGCACACCUGUCGACUGUCGACUGUCCAUCGCCUCCGCAGAAAUUGAGCUCUCCGGGGCUUUUCUAGAGGCUGCUCCUCCCCAGCAUCUCAACAGCCCCACCUCCUCUCCAGCUGGACAGAAGCCUCAGCUCGUCUCCAACAUACAGUCACUCUUCUCUUCGGUUUACUCGCGCUUGUCUCACACCAUGUCCGCAAACAACAUCCACGUCGACUCUUUGACCGUCAGUGCCCCAGUGCUGGUCCCGGAUGUCACCGUUCGCAACAUAGUCACAUUCCCGAGCCGCUCCGUCUUCGUCGACAACACUCAAUAUUCCUCGGUCAUAACGAAAUCUAACUAUCCGGCCACCCAACUCAUCAAAUUGCUCAUUCAAUACAUCGGCCAGGACCUCUGCUCGUUCAAGUAUUUCUCUGAUGUCUCUUUCAACAUCCUCAAGACGUCGCAGAACAUUUGGUUCGGCAUCAAUCAACUCAUCCAGGACAUAUCUAGGCUUGAGAAGGAUGAGGACGCAUGGGCCAAGUAUACCACGUAUACUGGGGCGAUUGACCCACUUGAGGAGUUCCUCUUCAAGUUCAGUCUCCUCACCGAGCAGCAGACGAUGUUGUAUCGUCAAUUUGAGGAGUUCAUUGGAAUCAGCGAGUGCAUGACUUUGAUCACGAUCUUCAGAACCCAGAGGGACCAGCUCUUGCAUACUGUCAAGACUUUGAAGAGCUCCGAGAUACAUAGCGAUAUCUCCUUCCUCUCCCUUUUCCUCGAGCGCAUCAAGAAGUGCCUUGGCAAGGCGCCUGCUGGCGUGCGAGAGAUCGUGACGAAGUGCCAUCAUGAGCUCACUGUGGUAUUCGAGAUCUUCCGCACCGAGUUCUCGGGCAACCGUAUCAACGAGUCCUUCUUCUUCAUAACCAUCCACUCAGCCAUCGUGAUCUACUCUACACUGGAGAUGUGCUCGCGUCCUAAGGAGUACCCGGAGUGGUCUUCGGAGGCGAAAUUGAAGACGGUCUGGCAGACGACGAUUCGCUUCCUUGAGGUACUCGUCAAACAACUCAAGACCGAGACACCGGAUUACAAGGUCGUCGAGGAGGUGUUCAUCGUCAUUGCGGAGUGUUUCCAGGGGUAUGAUGUCCACAUCCCCGGCCCUAGCAGACCCAUUGUGCACAUGGAACCCAAGAGUUCGAAGUCCUACGAAUUUGCCGUGACCUUUACCCAGCUUUUAAAGCAGGUCAGCCUUGUUCGCAGGCCGUUCCACGCACAAUCUCUUGCGCUGGUCUCGGUUUGUUACAAGCUGUGGCGUUCCUUCCUCUCUCAAGAGCAUCGUAGUUUCGAGAACCUCGUUGCAAUCGAUCAAGCUUUCGAGGCGACCUUCACUUCUCUCCAGUCCGCCGCCACCGCAAUCCUCGAUGUCGUUGUAUUCAACUUCGAGGUAGACAACGCCGAGGUUAAGAAGAUUAGGCAGUCGCUCUCUCUCGCUCAGCUCAAGAUAAAGGAAUGUUUCGAGAGGUACGGGCUCCAUGACUGGGCGAGCUGCGAGAUGAAGGUCAAGAGGGCACUCGAAGAUGACAAGCUUCGUAUGAAGCAGCUUAAGGAGUUCCUUGCGAAACCCGGCCAUGAAGUGAGCCCCGACGUCAAAACCAGUGAGCUCAUCGAAGUCUCGGUCGACAUCCACCUCAAGGCGCGCCAUCUUGAACAGCGGACUAUGCUCGUCAAGCCCAGCGCCCGCCUCUUCUCCAUCAUGUGGGAGGCUUCCCAGGAGCUCAAGUCCGAUCACAAGAUCAACUGCGCCGAUUCUUGCAACUCGAAGUUCCGAGACGAGAAGAACCGUGAGCUUCCUAUGGACGCACUAGUGAGCUCGAUGGGGACGCACAGCAAGAAGCUCCGGCUCCGGCUCUUCUUGGGCGAGACGGUCUGA